AUGGGAUGUGGAAGAUGGACACUGUUAUUUAUAAGGGGUUUCGCCCUUCUUGUGGCUUUGGCAACUGUUGGGCUGGGCGCAUGGUCAAUUGUCAUUACUCGUGACAUUAGGGCUCGCAGUACCGCAGUCAUUGAGACGGUUCAUCCGGAAUCAGAGAGGAUGGGGCGCAUGUGGGAAAAGUUCUUCGUUCUAUCAGUAAAGGGCAUCAUAAGGUUAUGGAUAUCGAUUGCAACGGCUGCCUUUGCUUCGCUGGGAGGUAUCAUCAUUGUCUUGGCAACCAUGUCCAAUCGCCAGCGCAUACCCUCGGCCGUGCUCAUCCCCCUCGAGUUCCUGUGUAUGUGUGCUAUGGGUGCUGCGCUCGGAGUUUCCCUGAGCUUUACCAUGGACCUUGACGCUUUCACCAAGACGCGUCUUGAGGCAGGAGGCCAGCCCGACCUGUUGAGGUGGGCAGUGCUUGUGGAUCUCAGCCGUGGUCACGCUAUUGGAGCCGGAGCCGGAUGGUUUCUGCUCCUAGUGACAUCCAUCACGGCAGUGAUUGCCGCAUGCUGCCGUCUCCAAGAAAGGGAGAGCUGCUCUUUUGAACCAACGGCAUCAGCACUUGGUAUGGGCUACGGGUACGCGGCCGUGCUACCACCUCAGUCGCGCAGUCGCGUACCAACCAUGUACGUACCAAAUGAUCUGACAGAGAAAACCGAGAAAAUGCCAAAGAGGCAGCAAAGGCGAGACUCGGUGGGUAGGAACCUGGAGAUGGGACGCUCGGACACAGUCGUCAGUCAGGAAGGCAGAAUUUCCUUUGAGGAUGAUAAGGAAAUGUCAGUGCCCUUGACUCUAGAGCGGCCAGAGAAAGCGCAACAGUGGCGACCUUCUAGGCCAUGGAGCGAACUCAGCGAAGUACCUUCUCUCGAUGCGAAGAGGGAGAUAGGACACGCUGUUUAG